AUGGCGGCUUUCACCACCACCGCCGCCCCCGCCGCGUACGCCACCGCCGCGGUCGCCCGCUCGCCGGCACCGAGCCCCUCGCAGUGGGCACCGCCCCGCCGCUCGCCGCCGGCCGUCGGGCUCCGGCGAGCGGCCGCGCCGCCUCGCCGGGGUGCCGCGCUCCUGGUCAAAGCUAAGAAGGAAACAUUUUCUACCUUCGACGAGUUAUUGGAGAAGUCUGAAAAGCCUUUACUGGUCGACUUCUAUGCAACUUGGUGCGGUCCGUGCCAAUACAUGGUUCCCAUACUUCAAGAAGUGCAUGAGAAGAUGAGUGACAAGAUUAACAUUGUGAAAAUUGAUACAGAGAAAUAUGCAAGCAUUGCAAAUAAGUAUAAAAUUGAAGCAUUACCGACUUUCAUUGUCUUCAAGGACGGGGAACCUUGUUAUCGCUUUGAGGGAGCGUUGCCUGCUGACCAGCUAAUCCUGCAGAUUGAGAGUGCUUUAGAAGCUCCAAAGUAG